UAUAGAUUUUUUAAUUAAGUCAACUGGCCCUUUGAGAGCUUCAUUUAUUUCCCACGGCCCCGGAACGCGGCAUUGGACGCGGAUUUUUGACGUGACGUAACACGGAAGCGGGAUUGGACCCAGUGGGCGGAGCCCGGCGGAAGAUGGCGUUCGUUCGCUGUAGGCGAGACCCCUGCGGCGUUAUCUGUCUGCUUUUAACCUAUUUCAGCGUGUUUUACGCGGACUACGUGGUCGUUCAGUAUGUCCUCAUCCCCGCCUACUCGGACAGCGUGUGGUGCUCCCUGCACGGGUCCGUGUUCAACCUGAUCCUGCUGCUGCUGCUGGCCUGCCACGCCAAGGCCGUCUUCUCCGACCCCGGCAUGGUGCCCCUCCCUGAGACCGCCAUGGACUUCUCAGACCUGCGCUCCCAGUCGACGCGCAUCAACGAGCGGGGCUGCGAAGGCUGGACGGUGUGCAGCCGCUGUGAGACCUACCGGCCUCCCAGAGCGCACCACUGCCGCGUCUGCCAGAGGUGUGUGCGCCGCAUGGACCACCACUGCCCCUGGAUCAAUAACUGCGUCGGGGAGCUCAACCAGAAGUAUUUCAUCCAGUUCCUCUUCUACACCGGUGUGGCCAGCCUGUACUCGCUGGUGCUGGUGGUGUCUUCCUGGGUUUGGCGGAUAAGGAACGAGAGGGAGGCGACGCCGGAGGGGGGGGGGGAGGAGUCGCCCAGCAAGCACCUGAUCGUCGCCCACUACAUCAUCCUGCGUGAGUCGGUGCUGUUCGGCGUGUUCGUCGUGGUCAUCUUCUACGAUCAGCUGGUCUCCAUCGUCACGGACGAGACCCCCAUCGAGCAGAUGAAGAACAGGCUGAUGAAGAAGGACAGAGGCUCUUCAUCCUCGUCACCCUCCUCCCCUCCGCUGCCUCACCAACCCCCCCACACCCGCAAGCCCAAGCUGGCCCUGCUCAGGGAGGUUUUUGGAAGAGGUUCGGUCUUUCUCUGGCUCCUCCCCCUCCACUCCAGCCCCCCCGCCGGCGGCAUCAUUUACUCGGCCCUCCCCGACUACGACGUCUGACCUUUGACCGUGAGGGCAACGCAGCGCGAGGAAAAUGGUUUUCGUGUGAGCGUGAGAGGACAGUGUGUGUGUGUGUGUGUGUGUGUGUGUGUGUGUGUGUGUGUAAAUACUAAACUUGGAGGAGAACUCAAGGCGUUGAAUUGCACUACUAUGUCCCUCCGUCCUCCCUUUGUUGCGACCGAAGGACCAAAAUAACAAAGAACCAAAAGUCACAUUCAUCUCGGCCACAUGUUUUAACGAAGCAUCUUUUGAGGGGACUCGUGAGUUAUUUACAGUAAAGAGUGGAACCAGUUGCUUCUGAGGAGCCUUUCACGGUUCCCUCUUCACCCAAAGGACUGUCAGGAGACCAGAUGGUUCCAGAUCAGAGUGUUUAUGGAAUGUUAUGGAAGCAUUUUUACAGAUAUUUAUUUACUUAAAGAUCACACAGAGUGCACUUCUCCGUAUUCUGCUCAUUUCCAUAGCGAUAGAGAGGGGGGGGGGGGGGGGGUAGUGAGGAGACCAAAAAGGAUUGGAGGUUUAAAGGCUGAUUCUCGCCUCCACGCAUUUCUAUAUUUUUACAUUUCAUCUUCACGUGAGAAGCAUCUCUCACUGGCAGAAAACUAGAGGAAGCAGAAGUUUGAAUGUUACAUCAUCAUCUGGAAGGUCGAUUAUGAGCCCCCCCGCCCCCCCCCCCCCCCAGAUGCCUUAUUUCAGAGGGCUUUUAUAGUGUUUCUCUCAUUCAGGUCUCAGCUGGUUGGAAGGUUCAUUUUUCACAAAUAUUGAUGAUGUGCAGAUUUCAUGAAGGGAACGUUGCUGCUUUUUAUAUUUGUGUCCUUUGUAAAAUAAGACGACUUGAAAUUAAAGGUCAGAAUGAAGUGGGGGGGGGGGGGACCAGCUGUUCUGUAAAAUAUGAACAGGUUCCAACACUGUAAAUGUUUAGCUUGUUUGAAAUGCAGUUGAUCUGUUAUUUCCUUUGUUUCUUGUAUUGUGGCUCAACAGGGAGCGCUUGUUUUGUUCCUCUGCCAUUUAAAAAAUAGAAUGCACCAACCAGCGCCCCCCCAUUGGGGGAAGGAAUGUACAAACAAAGAGGGCAACAUUUAACGUCAUGUUGUGGAGGCCCUGUUUACUUUAUUUCACUUUAUUCUUAAAGCGUUGGGUCACAUGGGUCUCCAGUGCAGUUUAAGUGUUUUUAACCAUGAAGGUGGAUAAAGAGUCUUUUUCUUGCCCUUCAAAAUAAAAACAGUUUAAUGUGGUUUUAUUGAUGAAUAAUUUUACCACUGACGCAUGUUUUAUUUAUUACGUGUCAUGUGACCUGUGUGUUGUUCCUGAUGACCUGCUCUCCUUCGACUGGAAGUAAAACGUCUUUUAAACUUCA